AUGAAAUCGGAUUUUAGGUUUUCUAAUUUGCUGGGAACUGUUUAUAGACAGGGAAACGUGAUUUUUUCAAAUGAUGGGAACCAAUUGCUUUCACCAGUUGGUAAUAGGGUAUCCGUAUUCGAUUUAAUCAACAAUAAAUCAUUUACUUUCGAAUAUGAACAUAGGAAAAAUAUCUCCAGAAUUGAUUUAAAUAAGCAGGGUACUUUGCUUUUAUCUGUAGAUGAGGAUGGGCGCGGUAUUUUGGUAAAUUUUAAAGCUAGAAAUGUCAUACAUCAUCUAAACUUCAAGGAUAAGGUUAAUGACCUGAAAUUCUCACCAGAUGGGAAAAUGUUUGCAUUGGCAUGCGGUAGAUUUAUUCAGAUUUGGAGAACACCAAUUGUUAGCGAAGAUAUGCAGUUUGCGCCUUUUGUGCGUUAUAGGGUUCAUGCUGGUCAUUUUGCAGAUGUACUGUCGCUGACAUGGUCGAAAGACUGUCGGUUUAUCAUCUCUACAUCGAAGGAUAUGACCGCAAGGAUAUGGUCUAUUGAUUCUGAAGAAAAGAAUCUUGCAUGUACAACUUUUUCAGGCCAUCGCGACUAUGUUGUGAAUGCAUUUUUCAGUGACAAUCAAGAAAUUAUAUAUACAGUGAGUAAGGACGGAGCAUUAUUCCAGUGGGAGUUUACCAAAAAGCCAAGCGAGGCUGGAAGUGAUGAUGAGGAAAGUGAUAGUGAGGAGGUUGAUCUCUCUAAGUACAGCUGGAGGAUAACUAAGAAGAAUUACUUCUAUGCAAAAGAGGCCAAGGUGAAGUGUACUACAUUUCACCCUAAAUCGAAUAUCCUCACGGUGGGAUUUAAUAACGGUGAGUUUAGACUUUACGAGCUGCCGCACUUUACUCUGCUCCAACAGCUUUCUAUGGGCCAGAAUGCCGUGAAUACUGUUUCUAUGAACGAAUCUGGCUACUGGUUAGCAUUUGGUUCCAGUAAACUGGGCCAACUCUUGGUCUAUGAGUGGCAGUCGGAGUCUUACAUUUUGAAGCAACAAGGCCAUUUUGAUUCCAUGAAUGCAUUGUGUUACUCUCCAGAUGGGACUAAGAUUGUGACUGCUGCUGACGACGGUAAGAUAAAAGUUUGGGAUGUUGCCUCUGGGUUCUGCCUUGCUACAUUCACUGAGCAUGUUUCAGUGGUUACCGGUGUGCAGUUUGCAAAGAAAGGUCAAGUCAUGUUCUCAUCUUCCAAAGAUGGUACUGUGAGGGCGUGGGAUUUAAUCAGAUAUCGUAAUUUCAGAACAUUUACGGCUACUGAUCGGAUCCAAUUCAACUGUUUAGCAGUCGAUCCUAGUGGUGAAAUUGUUUGUGCAGGAUCAUUGGACAACUUUGAUAUACAAGUGUGGUCUGUGCUAACUGGUCAGUUGCUAGACACCCUUUCAGGACAUGAGGGUCCCGUGUCAUGCCUUGCAUUUAGCAAUGAGAACAGUGUCUUGGCUUCUGCAUCAUGGGACAAAACUAUUAGAAUAUGGUCCAUUUUUGGUAGGUCCCAACAGGUGGAACCUAUAGAAGUAUUUGGUGAUGUGCUGGCUCUGUCUAUUAGACACGAUGGUGAGCAAGUUGCCGUAUCUACACUAAAUGGUCAGAUCACAAUCUUUGAUGUUACUAAUGCCAGACAGAUCGGAAAUAUUGACUGCAGAAAAGACAUCAUUGGUGGUAGGCAUUUAGAAGACCGUUUUACUGCUAAGAAUUCCGCCAGAUCCAAAUACUUUACCACUAUCAACUAUAGUUUUGACGGAUUAGCAAUUGUUGCCGCUGGUAACAACAAUUCCAUAUGUCUGUAUGAUGUGACAAAUGAGGUGCUUAUUAAAAGAUUCAUAGUUUCUAGAAAUAUGACCUUAAACGGAACACUGGAGUUCUUGAAUUCCAGUAGAAUGACUGAUGCAGGCACUAUAGAUUUGAUAGACCAGGAUGCAGAAAACUCUGAUCUCGAAGACCGUAUUGACAACAGUCUUCCAGGUUCCCAGAGGGGAGGCGAUCUUUCGACAAGAAGAGUGAGGCCGGAAAUCCGAGUUACGUCAGUUCAAUUUGCACCAACCGCAAAUGCAUUUGCUGCAGCUUCUACCGAAGGAUUGCUGAUUUACUCUGUGGACGAAAGUAUAAUGUUUGACCCAUUUGAUCUAGACGUCGACAUAACACCCCAAGCUACUAUUGAAUGCUUGAACAAAAAGGAGUUCCUACACGCAUUGGUCAUGGCUUUCAGAUUAAACGAAUCCUACUUAAUUAAUAAGGUUUAUGAGGCUAUUCCACCAAAAGAAAUAGAACUUGUGAGCAAUAACUUGCCCAUAGUGUAUGUUCCAAAGAUUUUGAAUUUCAUCGGCGAAUUUGCAAUGGAAUCGCAGCAUUUAGAGUUUAAUCUGCUAUGGGUGAGAGGCUUACUUACUGCCCAUGGCAAAUAUAUCCUCUCGCACAAGCAUGAAUUUGUCAGUUCUCUGAGAGCAAUUCAAAGAUUCAUAGCAAGAAUUGCUAAAGAUGUCGUUUCCGCCUCCAAAGAUAACGAGUAUGCUAUGAAGUUCCUAACUAGUACAGAUGGUAGUAUUCGCACUGAGGAGAACGGAAUGGAACUAAUAUCAGUUGAGUCUGACGAGGAACUACAACAAGUCUCUGAUGAAGAAGAUGAGGAGGGCUGGCAAGGAUUUAGCGAUAAAGAAAACAAUCUGCCAUUACCUGAUGAUGAAUCAGAUGAUGAAUUGAUAUAA